AUGAAGGAAGAAUCAAGGCUCGAAAAGCUCCGUGCGAGGCACAAGAAUCUUCGAAUGAGAAGUAUUCAAACAUUGGAGGCAGCCAAACACUCCUUAGACUAUGCGAGCAACGAUGAUCACACUCUAGGGAGCGUAUCCUCUGAUGGCGGCGCAGCAUCUGCCAUGCAGUCGCCCCUUGGUAUGAGACUGCCUCAACACGAAUACAUAUCACUCGUGGAAGAGAAUAAGCGCCUCAAAGAACAACUCAAUGCCUUUCAAGCCCGACAGGAAUUGUCUCGGAAGCAAUAUCAACAACAGGCCGAAACCAUUCGUAAGCUUCGUGAAGAUUUUCAAUCCUUGACCAACAACGAGAUUGAACGAGUCAAAAAAAAGCUACAAGAAAUAUCAGAAGACAAGGAUGACCUCCAAAAGUCUGUACACGAAGAUUGGCAACAGCGGGAAGAAGAACAACAAAAGGAAUUGGAACGACUUCGACAACAACUUUCCAAAGUACAAAACGAACUGCAGAUUGCCAAGGGCAAAUUAAAACGAGAAGAGUACCACGAUUGGUUAGACGAAUGGAGUCGGACGACGGGAAAAGAAGCUCAACAGAUUUCCAGAUUGCUCAGUGGGUUAGAAAUUCGGGAUCCAAUAUCCCAACAACGACUGCACGAUUUGCGAAGUUGGCUCGAUCGAUGGACACAGAUUGCCGAGAACUUGGAAAAUAACAAGAAUAUUAAAGAAAUACGGCAACGGCAGCGACAGGAAGAUGAGAAUCUGGUCGGGGACGUUCGAGCACACAGGAGAAUGAGCAGUAUGGAAUUCAAUGGGUUGAAGACGGAAACGGAACAAGUUAUUAUCAAAUUGCAAGACUUACGAGAGCAACUCGAUGGUACUGAUGAUGAAGUCACUAUGAAUGAUAUGGAGCAGCAGAUUGAAGAACAAUUGGAACGAUGGGAUGAGUUGGAGCGUCGAAUGGAUGAAUUUAGUCACCCAGGAUUCAUGCUUGAGGCGAACAAUGAUGCCGAUAAAGAAGUAGAUGACGAACCAACACGGAACGGCGACACGAAAAAAGGUAAAGUGAGGAAGUUUACACGACAAGACUCCACCAAUUCAGUACGCGAAGCCAACUUGGCCAAGACGAAUGAAUUGGCGAAGUCGGUCGAUAAAGUGAAAUCCCUUUUACAGGAAAUCCAAACCAAGCUAUCUCGUCGACACCCGGUAAUGCGACAGCCGUCGAUGAUAUCAGCAUCACCAUCUUCGUCUUCAUCUUCGUCAUCAUCUUCCUCUUCGUCUUCAGCAUCAUCGUCUUCAAGUGGCAGCAGCGACGAAGAGUCGCGGCAAGAAAAGAGCGAUUGGUUUGCCGCACAUUUUCAAGGACAGCUUGGGGGAGAAGACGAACAUCCAUUGCUGCUGGAUCAGAACGUCGAAGAAAACAACAGUGGUUCGGAAGAUUAUUAUCCAAAGACUGGAAUUAAGGUUCGGACGGUUUUUGAAUUCGACAAAAACGAUUUGAGCAAUAUUAAGAAGAGUACCACUUCCAGCGGUUCGGUAUCAGACAAUUCGGUUUUAUCAAGCGAUUCCUUUCUUCCUUUCCAACCGGCCACCUUGAGUUCGGCCUUGUACAUUGAAGAUGUGAUCAACAGUAACAAGGGAUUCUUCUCGUAUUCGUCGUUGCAAGCAUCGUUCAGUUCCUUCCGUGACACUUUCGUUGGCAAAGAAGAAGAGGAAGUCGACUUUGCGAGCGAAGGAGAAGAUACAGACUAUGAAGUGGCCUCGACGGAGAAUCCUAUGCAAGCCAGGUACAGUGAUUAUCAUUCCUCUGAUAAGCAGGCCAAAGACGAAGUUCCAUCCAAGGACAAAACACCUCGACUUGCCAACAGGUCUCGCAAGCAUUCGAAAGGUGAAGAACUCAAGUUGGUUGAGGAAAUGCCGCCGGCAUCGGCAAGUACCCAAAAGGGGACAGGGACCAGCAGCUCAAGUAGCAGUUCCAGCAGCUCGAGUGAUAGCAGUUCCAGCAGCGAUGCAAAGCCAAAAAGAGCAACCGAAAAGGCUGAUCCAAAGGCGGUGGAAUACGAAAAUUACUUGAAUCACAUAUCAGAGAGCAGAUUCUAUGGAGAUCCCAACUAUGAUACGCUAAGUGAUGGCGGGAGCGAUUUGAAUGAUGCCGGUGUCGCUAAGCCAUUGCCAUUGAAGAGUGCAGCGCUGUUGCUGCGAGCGUCACUUAACGAAGCUCCAAUGAAUCUUGAUGAUGACUUUGAAGUUGCAUCCAGCAUCAGCUCGAGUAGUUCCAGCAUCAGCAAUAGCAGCAGUUCAAGUAGCAAUAGCUCAAGUGAUAGCAGAUCAAUCAGCAGCAAGUCCAAUGUCGAGAAAAACGAUGCAAACAGCGCAGUGGACGCUGCUAAAGUUGCUGAAUACGAGGCUUUUCUAGCACGCAAGCAAAAUGCGAGAUUUUAUGGCGACAGGUGGAGUGGUGCUGCCAAUAAGGAAUCUAGGAAUCCGGUGGACCCCCAGCAAGUUGUGAAGAGCAACGAUGAAAAUAGGGACAGCAGUUCGAGCAGCAGCAGCAGUUCGAUCAGCAGCAGUUCGAGUAGCAGCAGUUCGAGUAGCAGCAGUUCGAGUAGAAGCAUCAGCCAAGCAGGGAAUGAUCCGAAGAAUGACGAUGCAGCAAAGGCGGCGGAAUACGAGUCUUACUUGAAACACAUGUCGAAGAGCCAAUUCUAUGGAGAUCACAACUAUGAUACAGCAAGCCAGGAUGAUGAAAGCGACUUCGAUAUUGCGGAUUCCUUUGAGCCAUUGAAAAGUGGACUUCAGAAGCCUCUUGUACUUCCAUCAGUAUCAAAUUGGGUUGAUUUCUCAAGCAGUGAGGACUUUAGCUUUGGUGGAAGUAUAGAUAACAUGGGCGGAGAUGCAAGCACGGUUUCUGAUGGAGCUCCUCCGAGUCCCGGAUUUCUGAAGAAGCCUUUCAAUCCUUGGUUCGAUCCGGCGAGAAAUUCAUCGAGCAGCAGUUCAAGUAGCAGUUCGAGCAGCAGCUCUAGUGGCACUUCCAGCAGCUCGAGCAGUAGUAGUGAUGACUCUGAAAAUGAUUCCAAACCAACGAAUAGCAAUGGGGACCAGCUGGUUGUUGAAUAUGAAGCCUAUUUGAAUCGGAUGUCGACUAAGCAUUUCUACGCCGAUAGCAGUGAUGAUGAGACCGACCUGGCACCAAUGGGAUUGAAUGCUCUAGGAUCAGUCGAGCUUGCAGCUGUCACCAAGACAGCGGAUGUUGGCACAAACGCAGAUUCCGUUGAAGCAGCCGAGCGCCAAGCCCACCUGAUGCAAGCUUCGAUAAACAAAGUUGAAGCAAAAGUUGAAGACGACUAUGAAGUCGCAUCCAGCAGCAGCUCUAGUGGCACUUCCAGCAGCUCGAGCAGUAGUAGUGAUGACUCUGAAAAUGACUCCAAACCAACGAAUAGCAAUGGGGACCAGCUGGUUGUUGAAUAUGAAGCCUAUUUGAAUCGGAUGUCGACCAAGCAUUUCUACGGCGAUAGCAGUGAUGAUGAUGCGGACCUGGCACCAACGGGAUUGAAUGCUCUAGGAUCAGUCGAGCUUGCAGCUGUCACCAAGACAGCGGAUGUUGGCACAAACGCAGAUUCCGUUGAAGCAGCCGAGCGCCAAUCCCACCUGAUGCAAGCUUUGAUAUAUGAAGUCGAAGCUAAUAUUGAAGACGACUAUGAAGUCGCAUCCAGCAGCAGCUCGAGCAGCAGCUCUAGUAGCAGCUCCAGCAAUUCAAGUAGCAAAAGCAAUAGCACUGAACAAGACACCCAGCCAGCAAACAGUAAUGUGGGCAAAACUGCGGAAUAUGAAGCCUAUUUGAAUGAGAUGUCAGCGAAGAAUUUCUACGGCGAUAGCAGUGACGAUGAUGCAGAGCUGGAAGCGGAUAUGAUGGACCCCGUCAAAGCACCUGAAAGUGUUGCUCUGUUGUUACGAGCGUCUGUAACGAAAAUCGACGAUGACUAUGAAGUCGCAUCCAGCACUACUACAAGCAACAGCUCCAGUAGCUCGAGCACUUCGAGCAGCUCGAGCAGUAGUAGUGAUGACUCUGAAAAUGACUCCAAACCAACGAAUAGCAAUGGGGACCAGCUGGCUGUUGAAUAUGAAGCCUAUUUGAAUCGGAUGUCGACCAAGCAUUUCUACAGCGAUAGCAGUGAUGAUGAUGCGGACCUGGCACCAACGGGAUUGAAUGCUCUAGGAUCAGUCGAGCUUGCAGCUGUCACCAAGACAGCGGAUGUUGGCACAAACACAGAUUCCGUUGAAGCAGCCGAGCGCCAAGCCCACCUGAUGCAAGCUUCGAUAUAUGAAGUUGAAGCUAAUAUUGAAGACGACUAUGAAGUCGCAUCCAGCAGCAGCUCGAGCAGCAGCUCUAGUAGCAGCUCCAGCAAUUCAAGUAGCAAUAGCAAUGGCACUGAACAAGACACCCAGCCAGCAAACAGUAAUGUGGGCAAAACUGCGGAAUAUGAAGCCUAUUUGAAUGAGAUGUCAGCGAAGAAUUUCUACGGCGAUAGCAGUGACGAUGAUGCAGAGCUGGAAGCGGAUAUGAUGGACCCCGUCAAAGCACCUGAAAGUGUUGCUCUGUUGUUACGAGCGUCUGUAACGAAAAUCGACGAUGACUAUGAAGUCGCAUCCAACGACAGUUCCAGUAGCAGCUCCAGCACUUCAAGUUCAAGUUCAAGCAGUAGCUCAAGCAGCAGCAGUUCCAACAGCAAUUUGGACGCUUCUGAAAGUGCUGACUACGAGACUUAUCUUAAUGAUAUGUCGGCAAAUCUCAAUGAUACGCCAGCAAUUCUUAAUGAUACGUCAGCAAAGGACUUCCACAGUGAUGGAAGUGAAAGUCUUCGCAGUCUCCAUCACAAUCAUGAUGGCCCCGAGAUCGAAAUCCAAACAAAGGCGCAGCAGGUCAGCAUGUGGCUGAGCACGGAUGACUUCCAGGCUAGUUUUGAACAAAUAUUGAAAAUUGGAGAAAGUGCAAAAGUACAUGAUAGCGAUUCAUCAUCCUCAGAUGAAUACAAUGCCUACCGGAACGAAGCUCUCAACGAAUUGGAAGAAUAUGCAAAAGAUGUGGAACAACGAAAAUCUUUGACUGAUGCAAAGUCUCAAAAGACAACAGAUUCCACAGAAGCAAGCGAAUUGACGGACGAACCAAUGCAUCCAAGCGUUGAAAAGCAGAUUAAGAGUCUCUGGUACAGGACUGUUGAUAGCUCUGAUUCCUCGUCUUCCAGUGAAAGCGCAUCAUCAAGUGACUUUGGAAAAUCGACCAGUUUCCGUGAUUCCACAGAGUUGUUACAUACUGAGGAAAAUCCUAAUCUGCCUGAGAAUGAACAAGAUAGCUCUGUUUAUGAAGAAGCAAGCGAGAGAUCAGAAAGCGGCCAUGAAGUCGCAAGCCAAACUUCACUAGAGGAGGCAUCAGACCAGAACACAAGCUCAAUGCACAUCAUACUUUCAAACCAACACACGGACCGAUCUGUCGAUUUGUAUGUUCCAAUAUCAUCAAACUUGACUGUCUUUGAUUCUAUAUACGACAGCGAAAAGACGCUGGCAGCGGGAGUGAGGAAAUGGAAAAAGAGCCUUGCCAAACUUGUGAAGGCUGGCUCUCAUGAAAUCAGUUGUAGAAUUUUCGAAAGCAAUGGAAUUCAAUCCUUAUCUGUUGAAGAGAUGAAGCAAACUUCCACACAAGACCUGGUAAAUCUGAUGUCAAAGCCAAUUGAAACCAUCAUGCUAGCGCUUCAAUGCAAGGAGAAAAAGAUAGCCACGCGUUCGUUGUCCGCGAAGGAGUUUAGAGUUCGAGUGAUAAAUGAAUUGAGUGGAGUAUACAGAGAUCUGCGAGUCUCCGCGAGCAAGGACUUAAACAUAUUCGAUACAGUCUAUCAGAAUGAUGUUGUCAUAUCUGGAAAUGUUCGAUUGUGGCCACAAGACACAGCCGCAAUGGUCACAAGUGGGACCCACGAAAUUCAAUGCCUUUUGGAACACGAGGACAAGAAGCAUUCCCGUGUGUUUUCAAUAAGUGAACUGAAGGCUGUUAGCACGGCAGAAUUAGCUGGCAUUGUUGCUGAAAUUGAUGAUCCGCUGCGUCUAACGUUGCGCUGCAGAGAAGUUGUAACUUAA